GAGUUUCUCCCGGUAACGGAUCUCUUUGACAGCCAUAGAUUCGGUUUCGCCUCCUCUGUGACUAACACUUCAGUACAUGCGACAUUUUACGGAGAGAAACAGCUAUCUAACCGAUUAUGAUUCAUUUUUUAUUUUUUCAAACUAUAGAAUAAACUCAUGGUGAUCGCCGAGUGUGCCUCGCGGUCGCUGCGCGGCGUCGUGUUACCUUCCUCGGGACACCAUGGGCUCGUAAGAUGCCUUCGCUGUGGAAACGGAUAACGUUCUCGGUGGCUUCGGUGCUCUGCGUCGGCUCGGUGGCGCUCCUGGUCGUGGCCCUGUCCACAGAGCGGUGGGUCACCGGACGGAUCCUGUGUAAAACCGGGGCUGAGAUUGUGAACGCGUCCCAUCCGGAGAUGGAGCAGUUCAUUGGGGACAUUUACUACGGCUUGUUCCAGGGAGGAAAGACCAAGAAGUGCGGGCUCGGCAACAGACGCUCCAAAAUAUACAUUUUCCCAAAGCUUGUGCGGAAGUUGAACGGCGGCCUUCACAUGAUGGUGAUCCUCUUCCUGCUGGUGGCUGUGGGGUUUGCACUGGUCAGUCUGUCUUUCUGCAUUUACAACGCACGCAAGGUUCCCUACCAGAGCAUCAAAGGGCACAAAGGACUCUACCUAUGGAACUUCAUUGCUGCUUUCUUCGGAGCCCUGGGCAUGCUGUGUUUCCUGGCAGCAGUGAGGCACCACAGUCUGACUGAGCGGGUGGCUAAUCAUCAGGAGAACCUCUUUGUGCUGGUUGUCCUGGAUAACAGCCUGGACUGGUCCUUCUGGUUGGGUGUAGGCAGCAUUGCCACUCACUUUGCUGUCUGUGGAGUGGUUGCCAUGAGCCGGAUAAAACUGCCCAAAUCGGAGAUCAAGAAACCUGAAGAACCAACCAUCGCCGCUCUGGACCUACUCUACUGAAGGACCAACCAAGGAGCAUUUACAUCACUGAUGGUUGACUGGAGCCAACCACAGUGACUGACAGCAGAGUGAAACCAACACUGUGCCAGUGCCCCUUAAGUCUUAAUACUGUAACCUACAUGAGUGCAAAGAGUCCUGCAUCCCAAACUUGUCCUUUGCCUUUUUUUUUUUACAGUAAUUAUUCUUGAUCCCUGAUAGAAAGUGCAGCUAUGCAUGAAUAAAGGGGAGUUAUGGGCUUAUGUGAUAAAUGUAAACUAAACUUCCAUAAACAGAAAGAGACUUACGAUUAUCUUUUGAUUUUUAUUCACUUUAACUUGGUCAUAUGAACAUCCUCACAUCUUAAACAAAAAAGUCAGCAGUAUGAACGUGAAAAUAGGAACUGUGAAAAAUGUCACUUUGGCCAUCAUUAAAGGUUUUUUAUUACAUGUGUUGGAUCGGUUAUAAUCAUACUAACAACCUUGUGACAAACAAACAUUUAAAGUUAACAAUUAAAAAAUAGUUGGAGUAAGCCUA